AUGGAGUUAGAAGAUGGUCGAGCCAAACCCAUGAACGAGCCGCCGGUGGACUGGAAGGAGAUCCAUCUCGCAUCCUCUUAUACCUACCCAGCUCCUCCUCGGGAGCCGCUCAGCAAGUGGACUCAAGCCGGUCUGACCCUGGAGUCGUUCAAGAAGCGAGACUAUGGCAACGGAAUUGCUGAGUUUGACCGGCCUAUGAAGCGGCGUCAUGUUCAGAUGAUUGCGAUUGGCGGCUCCAUUGGUUCUGGGUUCUUUGUCGGCUGCGGCUCGGCUCUGCACAAGGGCGGACCCGCGUCGCUCUUGAUUGACUUUAUCAUCGUCGGAGUUAUGGUUUUCAACGUCGUCCAAGCGCUUGGUGAACUCUGCAUUAUGUAUCCUAUUUCCGGAGGACCCUACACUUACGCGACUCGGUUUAUCGAUCCCUCAUGGGGCUUUGCCGUUGGCUGGAACUAUGUCGUCUCCAACACGUCGACUUUCGCCCUUGAACUUACCGUCUGCGCCAUCACCAUGCAAUUCUGGGACAUGAAUACAAAUCCCGGGGUCUGGAUCGCUGUAUUCCUCGCUCUUGUCAUGAUUGUCAACAUCUUUGGCGCCAUCGGCUAUGCUGAGGAAGAAUUCUGGGCCUCCCUUCUGAAACUGAGCUCCGUCGUCAUCUUCCUUAUCAUCGCCAUUGUCCUCGUUUGCGGCGGCGGCCCAUCAAGCGGUCAGUACGAUCACUACUGGGGCGCUCGUCUGUGGCAUGAGUCACCUGGGGCUUUCAAGAACGGCUUCAAGGGCUUCUGCUCUGUCUUCGUUACGGCCGCCUUCUCCUUCUCCGGCACGGAGCUCGUUGGAUUUGCUGCUGCUGAGGCAAAGAACCCCGCCCUCUCUAUGCCCGGCGCCAUCAAGCAGGUCUUCUGGCGUAUCAGCAUCUUUUAUAUCCUUGGCCUCUUCCUCAUUGGUCUUCUCAUCAAAAGCGACGAUCCUUCUCUGCUUUCUACCAGCGCCUACUCCGACGCCAAGACAUCUCCUUUUGUGCUGAUCGCCAAGUACGCGGGACUGAAUGGACUUGACCACUUUAUGAAUGCCAUUAUCCUCGUCUCCGUCCUGUCCAUUGGUGUCGCUACCGUGUUUGGAGGCUCCCGAACAUUGACUGCUCUGGCUCAGCAAGGCUACGCCCCCAAGGUCUUCACCUACAUUGACAAGAGCGGCAGACCUGUUAUCUCGGUGGGAACCAUCUUCUUCUUCAGUCUGAUUGCCUUUGUCAACUUGGACGCCAAAGGCCCUGUCGUCUUCGAGUGGCUCCAAGCCAUCUCCGGUCUCUCCACCUUCCUUAUAUGGGGGUCGAUCUGCUUCGCUCACAUUCGCUUCCGCCAAGCAUGGAAGCACCAGGGGCACGCCCUCGACGAGAUUCCAUUCAAAGCCGCUGGGGGCAUCUACGGUUCAUGGCUGGGUCUGAUUCUCAUCAUCCUUGCUUUAGCUGCUCAGUUUUACACAGCCAUCGUCGCACCACCUGGAGAGCAUGGCAUGGGUACGGCCGAGGGGUUCUUUGAGGAUUACCUUGGCUUGCCAGUUGUGUUGUUUUUCUUUACCUGCGGUCUCAUCUGGCAUCGCCAAGGGCUUCUGACGAUCGCUAAGAUUGAUGUUGAUACCCAUCGGGCGGUGCAUAACUGGGAUGAAAUCAAUGACCGACGGGAAAAAAUCGCUGCGUUCCCGUUCUGGAAACGAAUGGUUUGGAUGUUAUUCGUGUGA